AUGGAUAAAUACUUUCCCGAGACCUCCAGAGAAGAGAUGGAGAACCAGUUCCUCAGGUUGAGACAUGGGACAAUGACCGUGGGGGAAUAUGCUGCCAAGUUGGAGGCUUCAUCCAAGUAUUUCCGUUUCUUCCAAGUGCGAGUGGACGAGGCGUAUUUGUGCAACAGGUUCGUGAGAGGAUUGAACAAUGAGAUCGAGAGGUCUGUCAGGCCGCUGGGAAUCCGAGUUUUUCAGCAAAGCCAAUUAGGAAGGUACAGUGGUCAGAAACAAGCUGGAAGGUUUGACAGGGGCAAGGCGCCGCCAAAGAAGCCUUAUCAGCGUCCUGCUGACAGGGUACCAUUUGCUGGAAGGGGUGCAACACCUGUUUCUAAGGAUGAGGUUGUUUCCUUCAAGUGCAACAAAAAGGGGCACUACGCGAACGAAUGUGGAAAGGAGAUCGUAUGCUGGAAGUGUCAGAAACCAGGACAUGUUGAAAGAAACUGCCCCAAUGCUGCAAAGGCCAAGCCAGUACUGAACACAGCUAGGGGAAGGCGACCUUCUGCUCCAGAUCAUGUGUUUGCGAUCUCUGGCGAACAAGUUGCGGUGACCGAUGAACUUAUCCAGGGUACGUGUAUUAUCGCUGGAACUUCAUUAAUGGUGUUAUUUGAUUCUGGUGCUACACACUCUUUCAUUGCUGAGGAGUGUGUGAAGAAGUUAGGGUUGCUAACUGCUGACUUACCGUUCGAUUCGGUGGUGACGACCCCUGCCGCCGAUCGAUUAGUUACGUGCACGGCAUGCUUGUAG